GUGGCUACGAAUCUCUCCUCGCUCAAUUGCAACCAUUCUGCGAACCCUUUUUGUUCCUUUUUUUUUUUUUUUUUUCCCCCUCUCGUUUAGUCGUGAUUUAAUCGCCUACGAGAGCCGGAAGUUUGCUUUGUGCACGAGUUUACCUGCGCGGGUGUCCGCGCGUGUGCGUGCGUGCGUGCGUGCGUGUGUGUGUGUGUGCGUGUGCGUGUGCACCAUGUUGUCGUCCACCAUGGAUUUGCUUUGGAUUGCGGGCUUGCUGAUGAGCGUGUGCGCCCGCUUGGCUUCGUCCGACCGUCACAGCGUCUUCUGGAACGGCACAAACCAAAAGUUUGUGUGGGACGACUACACCGUGGAGGUGCGCCUCAACGACUACCUGGACAUCGUGUGCCCGCACUACCCGCAGGGCGAGGUGCCCCUGCUGGACGCCGAGCGCUACGUGCUCUACAUGGUGGAGCGCGAGGACUACGAGUCGUGCAAGCCGCAGUCGUACGACCAGAUGCGCUGGGAGUGCGGCCACCCGUUUGCGCCCCACGGGCCCGAGAAGUUCUCCGAGAAGUUCCAGCGCUUCACGCCGUUCACUCUCGGGAAGGAGUUCCGCCAAGGAGAAAGUUACUAUUAUAUCUCUAAACCUUUACACCACCACGGAGAAGAGUGCCUGCGGCUCAGGGUGAACGUCGUCGCGGCCGACGGCUCUCAGGAGGCCAGGGUGGCCAAAGGAGGCACGGGUGGGGACGCCGUUGGAGCUGGGGGUGUAGCUCACAAUCCGUCCAACAGACUGCCUGCAGCAGACGACCCGGUGGUCAGCCUCCCCGAGGUGCGGAAGAGCGUGCGGACCAACUCGGCGGCGGCGGCAACGGCGGCGGCGGCGGCGACGACGACGACGACGUCGCUCUCCGUCCUGUCGUUGCUAAUCCCGUUCUCGCUACUGCUCUUGCUGCACUGAGAGAGCGCUUUUUUUUUUUUUUUAUUUUUUUAUUCCCCCUCCCAUUUUUUAAAAAUUUUGUUUCUGGGACCACAAUGAAGGGACAGUCUGCGGGGAUAAAACCACUGACCGCUUGAGCUCAGCCCUGUGGCCGGCCACAGGGCGAGACGGGAGGAGAAAGAAUAGACGUUGCAGCGAUAUAAUGCACAGCGAGCCUGGAAAACAAUCAAGACGAAUGCUAUGAAAUAUGAAAUUGAAACGACUGCCCCCGAAGCCAAAGAUUGGUGGCCUCCUCCGUCUUGUACGCUUAACUCACCCGCCAGUAAUCGUCUACUAUUUGUGUGCGCUGUUGUUGUUAUCGUAACGGUUUCCAGUGGCAUUGAUGUCCUAAGCGGUUCUUUUUGUAUUUUUUUUCCCCCGAAAUGUAGCAUUGACGGACUGUUGUCGUGGCAACCACACAAUCACACACUACACACGCUGCCAUCGGAAAAACUGUUUGUACAUUCUGUGAAGCUAAUUUAUGACAUCGCAUCGGGAGGUUUCCUGUAUAUACCAUGCGCUGAAUGAGAGGUGUGCGCGUGAGUGAUUGUGUGUGUGUGUGUGAGUAAAAAUUGUGCGACAAAAUGGUUUCCUGCCGAAAGCAAACACUGACUUGUUGUGUUUUUGUAUCUCGCAGCGAAGCUGGCCUUCUCUGUUUGA